AAAUUAGGCGCCCAAAGUUAGGGUUAGCUUCUUUAUUGAAAAUUGUAAAUGGCGGCGGAAGGGUGAAGGGGUAGUUAUAAAUAUAAUAUUCAGAGACCGAAGAGACGAAGCACGGAGCAGUCAGAGCAAGGAGAAGAAGAGAAACCAAGGGACUGUAGAAUUUCCCUUGGAAACUAAGCAAACGCUCCGAAGCCCUAGGCCUUGCUGCUCUCCCAAACUGGUUGCUGUUGCUGCUCCUUUUUCUCACUAUCAGCAAUGGCUUUCUGGGGAGUUGAAGUUAAACCUGGGAGGCCCUACACUCAUCAGUCUGGUGGUGGGAACAGAAGGCUACACCUUUCCCAGGCCUCUCUGGGGAAUGGUACCGCUACCAACAAGAGCGUACUUCAGUGUAAUGUUGGAAACAAGAGACCUAUCUGGCUAUGUUCACUGUUUCCCAUUGCGUCUGAGGUGUGCCAAAUACAUGUUGAGUACCAAGAGACUGAAGAUGUUGUAUUCUCUGUUAUUGGUCCUCGAAGUGUUCACCUUAGUGGUUACUAUGCAGAUCGUGGUUGGAAUAACUGUGUCGAUGAUGACUCAGACUCUUACGGCGAAGAUAUUGAAGAUGCAGAUACAGAAAGGUCUGAUGAUGACGGUGAGGAAGAUGACUCCGACAAUAAUAAUUUUAUCAAUGAUGGUGAUCCAGGUUUCUAUUCUGAUUCCCUUGGUUCAGGAGAUGAAGUUGAAGAGGUGGAAGCUAAGCCUGUGAAUAGGAAGGGCCACCAUAAACGCCUAAGGAAGGCAUAUCAAGUAAUUGACUCAGAUGAUGGCUCCUCUGAUCAUCAAUAUGCGGGUAUUGGUGAUGCUGUUGAAGCUGGAGGGGAUAAUGAAGAAAAUGUUGAUUUGCUCCCUAUAUCAUCACUUUUUAAGCAGAAGCUUUCUGCAAAAGUUGAGAAGAAGGCUGAUCUACCAUCAAUCAACUUGCCAUCAGAGGAUGGUAAUCAAAGAAGUCACCUAUAUGAGCUCAAGAGUAGAAGGAUAUAUGAGUCUAAGGAGAAAUUGCAUGAAGCUGAUGGUGUCGAUGAUUUUUUCUCGGCAAGUAUUCUCAAGUGGCCCAAAAAGGAAAAGGAGGAAAGUAAUAACAAGGUUGGAAAUGGUUUGUCUCUGCUGAAGGAUGUAGCUAAGGAGAUUGCAUGUUGUGGGACAUCUAUCAGUUUGGCUGAUCAGGUUGUUGCUGAGAAUGAUCAAGAGUGUAAGAAACCAAAGAAACGUACCAUUCACGAGCUUGGGAAGCCUUUGAAUGUUGUAGUUUCUGUGUCACCCAAGACCAAGGAAAAUGUACCUAUUAAUAUUGAGGAUGAUGGUAUUGAGAUCAUAUCAUCCGAGGAGUUUGGUGGUCAAUCUGUUCAUGACAAUUCUGAAAAGGGACAGAGAAAGAAAAGGAAAAGUAAAAGGCAGGAGCUUGGGAAGCUUUUGAAUGCUGAAACAUUUGUUCCAUCAAAGGGUGAGGACAAUCAACCUGCCAACAUUGAAGGUGUUGCCAAGGCCAAAUUUUCUCAGUUUCCAGGGGGUUUACUUGUGGAGGAGCUGAAACCAGGGAAAAUGAAUGGGAGAUUGGCUGUCCCAGGCAGGAAGAUCAGUGUGUCUUAUACGGGCAAGUGGAAGGGUAGUGGAGAAGCUUUUAACUCAAACGUUGAUGGGCGUCCACUAAAGUUUGUGCUGGGUGGGGAAGGAGUUAUGGAGGCUUGGAAUGUUGGUCUGAAUGGAAUGCGGGUUGGUGAGUCGAGGCGGCUGACAAUCCCGGCUGCCUCAUGGCCAAGAUGCAGAAGCAGCAGCAGCAGCAGCACUAGGGAAGGAAAUCCGAGUGAAGACGGAGAUGGCGGAGAGGUGAUACCGACCACUAUUCCACCGCCACUCCCACUAGAUAGUGAUCAGAGCGAGGGAGCAGAAGGGGUAGUGUAUGACAUCAACCUGCUCAAAGUCCGUAAGGAGAGAGUUUGAGGACAGCUGAGCUGAGCUAGUUCCCACAAAUGUAUUUUGGUGCAGAAGCAGAAAGUGAAGUGGGUCCUCUCUUUUAGUUUAUUUUUGUGGGGGGUUUGUUCUUUUUGGAAUAUUUUGUUGCCUACCUUGAUCCUUCUCCUGAAUUUGUGGAUUGGGUGACUGUUUUGAUGGAAAUCGAGGAAAGGGAUUUACAAGUCCCCAUAUCUUAGUUUCAACCCUGAUUUCAUUUAAUCUCUCCCCCCAAACCCACAUCUCUGCAUUGUGAUCAGAU